CCUGGUCGCCUGGGCGUGCCGUAGAGGCCGCCAGUCGCGGCGAUCUUCUCGCGUCUGGGGCGUCGUCGUCACCAUGUCCCUAACGGCCUCGGCGGGCCGGGGCCUGGGGGCCAUGUGGUCCCCAACCCACGUGCAGGUGACGGUGCUGCAGGCGCGGGGCCUGCGGGCCAAGGGCCCCGGGGGCACGAGCGACGCGUAUGCGGUGAUCCAGGUGGGCAAGGAGAAGUACGCCACCUCGGUGUCAGAGCGCAGCCUGGGCGCGCCCGUGUGGCGCGAGGAGGCCACCUUCGAGCUGCCGCCGCUGCUGUCCUCCGGGCCCGCGGCCGCCGCCACCCUGCAGCUCACCGUGCUGCACCGCGCGCUGCUCGGCCUCGACAAGUUCCUGGGCCGCGCCGAGGUGGACCUGAGGGAGCUGCACCGUGACCAGGGCCGCAGGAAGACUCAGUGGUAUAAGCUGAAGUCCAAACCAGGAAAGAAAGACAAGGAGCGAGGAGAAAUUGAAGUUGACAUCCAGUUUAUGAGAAACAACAUGACUGCCAGCAUGUUUGACCUUUCCAUGAAAGACAAAUCUCGGAAUCCAUUUGGAAAACUGAAGGACAAGAUCAAGGGGAAGAAUAAGGACAGUGGGUCAGACACCGCCUCUGCCAUCGUCCCCAGCACGACACCCUCAGUCGACAGCGAUGAUGAGUCUGUGCCCAAAGACAAGAAAAAGAAAUCAAAGAUCAAGACCCUGUUUUCCAAGUCAAAUCUGCAGAAAACGCCCCUUUCCCAGUCCAUGUCUGUCCUGCCGACUUCAAGGCCAGAAAAAGUGCUGCUUCGUCCCGGAGACUUUCAGUCCCAGUGGGAGGAAGAUGACAAUGAGGAUGAGUCCUCCUCGGCCUCAGACGUCAUGUCACACAAGAGAACAGCGAGUACGGAUCUUAAGCAACUGAACCAGGUCAAUUUCACCCUUCCCAAGAAGGAAGGACUUUCCUUUCUUGGUGGCCUUCGGUCUAAGAAUGACGUCCUUUCCCGCUCUAAUGUCUGUAUCAAUGGGAACCAUGUUUACCUGGAGCAGCCAGAAGCCAAGGGUGAGACCAAGGACAGCAGCCCGUCUUCCUCCCCAUCCCCCCAGGGCUUCAGGAAGAAGCAUUUGUUCUCAUCUACUGAGAACCUGGUGGCACGGUCUUGGAAGGAGCCUGCUGAAGGAGGUGGACUGUCCUCUGACAGGAGGCUCUCUGAAUCUUCCACCAAGGACUCCCUGAAGUCUAUGACCCUGCCGUCCUACCGACCUGCCCCUCUGGUCAGUGGGGACCUCAGGGAAAACACGGCCCCUGCAAGCUCGGAGGCCCCAAAAGAAGCCAAAGAGAGCAAGAAGCCAGAGAGCAAGAGGUCUUCUUUGCUGUCUCUGGUGACGGGGAAGAAGGACGUGGCUAAGGGUAGUGAAGGUGAAAACCCUCUCACCGUCCCAGGGAGGGAGAAGGAAGGCACGCUGAUGGGGGUUAAGCUGGGGGAGGAUGCACCCGGGCCUGCUGAAGAAGCUGUGAGAAGAUCCGAGAAAGAUACUGCGACUAUUGUCUCCAGACCGGGCAGCUCACUGAACCCCUUUGAAGAUGUGGAGAUCACAGAACUGGAAGCUGAGCCAGAGGCCAAGUCUGAACCGAAACCUCCAAUUCCCUCUGCAAGGGCUCCCCAGACCAGAGCUGUCAAGCCCCGACUGGAAGUGUCUCCGGAGGCGCAACCCACAGCCAGGCUUCCUUCCCCCACUGACUCCCCUUCCUCCCCUCCUCCUCUCCCUUCUAGUUCUGGCCAGGCACCUGUCCCCUCUGCACUGGGACGUGGUGCAGACACACAGUCCUCUGAGAGUCUUUCUGUCUUCUCCUCUGUCUCAUCUCCCAUAGCAGCUCCCAUUUCCACAUCUACUCCAAUUGAAAGCUGGCCUCCCACAGACAGGGGCCAGGCCAAGUCUGAAGAACCACCCUUGCUCCCUGAGGCAGAGUGGCAACGGGAGAGUGUAACACCAGUUCUAAAUUCCGGUUCUUCUGCCCUGGGACCACUUUCCGAACAGCCACCCAUUCCAGCGAAUAAAGAGGCAGAAGAUGCUCCAAUGGGCAGGACCUGUGAAACAGGCACAGAGAAGAACACCGGUAGCCUUGAGUCAGAGGAGUCUCUCCUGGAGCAGCCUGAAGUGGGACAGCAAAAGGGAGAACUUCCGAGGUUUCCCUGCAGAAAACAAGACUACAGCUCAACAUCUGGAGAGGCCCGAGAGGUACCAUCUGCCCUUUCACUCAGCAGUGAUGGAGCGGCGAGCCCUGCUGGGGAGCUUGCAGCAGGAGGAGACCGAGACUUAGAGAGUCAGGCUGGGUCUCUCGCGGAGAGCAAACCUAGGGGUGCAGUUGAAGAAGCGGCGCCCCCUCUUCCGGUGGGAGAAUGGGUCCCCUCCAUUGAUUCCAUGAUGCGGAAGCUGGAAGAGACGGGUCUGAACCUCGGUGAGGACCAGAAGAAAACCAAGAAGCGUGUGUCGUUCUCUGAGCAGCUCUUCACGGAAGAGGCAGUGGAGAGAGCCGCCCCACUGGUGGAAGAACACAGCAGUUGUCCCCAGGAGGUGACCGCUGCAUGGGCUGUCGCUGGAAACCCAUCUGACAGGGAACCUCCUGCUUCUCCCCAUGCAGAGGACUCAGAGAGGGAAUCGGCGACCACGCCUGGGCCAGCGACUUGCGGUACGCCAGCCUCCCUGGCUGAUCACCUCCUCCUCCCCUCCCAGGAGGAUAGUUUCUCCGAAGGCCCCAUGAGAGAAGCAAGCUCAGCAAAAGACACACCACUCUUUAGGACAGAGGGAGGUGAUGCCUUUGUGACUCAGUAUCAGAGCAAGGCCAGUGACCACGAAGGUUUAUUGUCUGAUCCCUUGAGUGACCUUCAGUCUGCCUCAGAUUUUAAAUCUCCAAUCAUGGCCGAUCUGAACUUAAGCCUUCCUUCCAUUCCUGAAGUUGCAUCAGAUGAUGAAAGAGUAGAUCAGGUUGAAGAUGACGCACAGGCUAAAGAUGAUGGAGAGACAGCAGAGUUGUCAACUCUGGACGUAGGAGCUUUGUCCCCAAACAUGGUACUCCCUUGUCCAGAGAAGGGAAAGGAGCCGAGUGGCGAGGCAGAUGGGUUGGCGGUGGGGGAGAGCCUGCGUGAUUUCAGGCCACAAGCACCCCAAGCAUCUGUCACAGCUCCUUCAGAGCAGACCACAAGGUUCGGAAUUCACAAACCACAUCUUGGCAAGAGUUCAAGCUUGGAUAAACAGCUGCCAGGCCCCAAUGGUGGCGAGGAAGAAAAACCAAUGGGAAAUGGGAGUCCAAGCCCGCCUCCUGGCACGUCCCCGGAGAAUCCUGUACCCAACCCCUCCCCUUCUGAGACCUUUCCUGCCACACACUCUUUCACCAGCUCUGCACAUUCUGACACUUACCACACUAGCACAGCAGAAUCUCAAAAAAAAGCCACAGCAGAGGGCUCCGCUGGUAGAGUUGAGAAUUUUGGCAAGAGGAAGCCACCCCUCCAGGCCUGGGUCUCACCCUCGGAGACACAUCCAAUCUCAGCUCAGCUGAGCGCUGGAACAGCGCCAGCCAAGCACAGACCUCAUCCUGUGAAGCCAAUGAACACAACAGCUACCAAGAUUGCUAACUCCAGCUUGGGAACUGCGACCAUCAUCAGUGAGAACUUGAACAACGAGGCCAUGAUGAAGAAAUACAGCCCCUCGGACCCUGCAUUUGCCUACACGCAGCUGACCCAUGAUGAGCUGAUCCAGCUGGUCCUCAAACAGAAGGAAACAAUAAGCAAGAAGGAGUUCCAGGUCCGCGAGCUGGAGGACUACAUUGACAACCUGCUCGUCAGAGUCAUGGAAGAAACCCCUAACAUCCUCCGCAUCCCAACCCAGGUUGGCAAAAAAGCAGGAAAGAUGUAAAUCAGCAGGAAAAAACCACCAAGACAUUUCUGACAGUUCGCUUUCAUCUGCUCCCGGGGUCAAGGACUUGCUCUGCCUGAUAACCAGCCAGCAGGCUCCAAAUUGCCAUCUCCCUUGCGUGUUAUCGGCAAGAGUGAAUUCUACCAAUGGAAGCCAGGCUAAUGAUUACAAUGAAUCUUUUACUGUA